AUGGGAGCCAGUGGGCGCGGACUCUUGGGACCGGUGUCAAAGCAGUGGGAACAGCGGAAAAGCAACAAGAUCAAAACAAAUACGGUGUGUGGGAACACCAAGACCCCGGCCACUCUGUCCGUGCGGCGACCUUACCCCGGCCCCAGCCUGUCUGCAUCCGGGUCCCAUAUCAGCAGCUGGCUCGACCCGGGUUCUUUAAUCACUCCUGCCCUCUGUCCUGGCUCCGCCGAGAAGCGGCUCCCUUCCCACCCGCUGGAAACGUCGCUGGAAACUCUGAGUGCCGCUCGUGGCCCCCGCCCCCGCCCGACGCCAGCCCUGCGGUGGGGGCGGGGGAAGCAGCUGGGAAACCGGGGCGGUCUCCCAGGGGACCCUGGACCGCCUCUCCCCGCGCCGCCUCGCGGCCGGCCCGGCCCCCGGCCCGGCCCCCGGCGUCCCGCCCGCUCGCACCCCGACGGGGAGCUCUCUCGCGCUCCGGCCGUUCGGAGCCCCCGCCCUCCACCCCAGUCCGGCCCAGGGGCCAGAUCCCAGGGAGAGACACACUCCGCCCGCGCGCCUGCCGGCCCCGCGCGCCUCUCACGGUCCUUCCUCCCAGCGCUCGCCCUCGUCCCCACUUCUCCGGCCCCGCCGAUACCCCUCUUCCUCCUCGGGCGCCCGGCCUCGCGGAGCCCGUCCUGA